AUGAAGACAAGUUAUUCGUUUGGUUCCAACAGUCCCAAAUCCUUCCAGGCCUAUCCCAGAGGUAGUGAUUUUGAUUUGGAAUCAGGAGCCCUCAAAAGAUCCAGGAGGCAGAAGAGUUCCAAUCCUUUUCAUCCUGUAAAAAUGAUUAAAUCUCUAGGUAACAGAAUUAAGUAUUAUUACAAGCUCCACCCUGUGAUGCUGUUCAUGAUUUCGUUGGCCAUUGGGCUCACAAUCCUUGUUGUUUUAUCUUUAUACGAGAGGCAGUAUAAAAUGAUGAGGAAUUAUAGCAAAUUAGAUUUGGGUUCUGAGUCUGAAUCAUAUCCAUUUGCUCAGCUCAGAAAUCUUGUAAUGGUUGCUGGGCAUUCUGUUUAUACUAGUAGUAGUUGUGAGAAGGUAGAUAAGGAAAAUGCUUGGUUUCUGGAGUCUUAUCAGAAGCAUAAAGGCCAAGCUGCUACAUUUGUUAGUCAUAUACAGAAGGGAAUUGAGAUUACAGGGAAAGACAAUGCAGCAUUGUUGUUGUUCAGUGGAGGAGAGACACGCAAAGAUGCCGGGCCUAGGAGUGAGGCACAAAGUUAUUGGAUCGUUGCUGAAUCAAAAGGAUGGUUUGGUAAGCAAGAGGAAGUAAGAUGGAGGGCACUUACAGAAGAGCAUGCAAGGGACAGCUAUGAAAAUCUUCUCUUUAGUGUCUGCCGUUUUCGAGAGCUUACAGGAAUCUAUCCACAUAAUAUAACUGUUGUCGGGUAUGAUUUUAAGGAAGAGAGGUUUGUGAAUUUACAUCGCUCUGCAAUUGGAUUUCCCGAGACAAGGUUCUUUUAUGCGGGAACCCCGUCUUCGGAGACUUCAAGGGAAGCUGCAUUGAAAGGGGAAGCAUUGGUUAGGACACAAUUCCGCGAUGAUCCUUACGGGUGCCUGACAUCUCUUCGUCGUAAGAAGAUUGGGCGUGACCCUUUCCACAGGACUAUUCCUUAUCCCAUUGGCUGUCCGGAAAUGGAAGGAUUGUUUAGAUACUGUGGCACAGCACCGUAUUCUGGUCCUCUUCCAUGGGCAUAG